AUGGUGCAGCAUGGUCCAGAUUUUAAUCAGGAGGAAGUGAAUAAACUGGUUAAAUUAUUAAAUGAUUAUCGAUGUUGUUUUGCGUUUAAUUUAGGUGAACUGGGCUGUACUACAGAGAUCCAGAUGGACAUAGUCGACAACGGACAACCGGUGGUGUGCAAACUGUAUCGUGCCAGUGCUUCGGAACGCGAAACCAUAAGUCGCAUAGUACGUGAGUGGAAGGACGAGGGCAUAGUAACCGAAACUAAAUCGUCAUAUGCGUCACCUGUGCUAUUGGUCAGUAAAAAGAACGGUGACGCUACACUUGUUGUGGACUACCGGAAGUUAAAUUCACAAACUGUGCGUAAGGUAUUCCCAACUCCUAAUUUGGACGAACAUCUUGAGAAGCUGCAUGGUGCUAAAAUAUUUACGAUUUUGGACCUUGCGUCAGGAUAUCUCCAAGUACCACUUACUGAAGCUUCAAAAGAAAAGACAGCGUUCACCACACCCAGUGAAUCUGGGAAAUUCGAGAGAAUGGUGUUUGGCCUGAUCAACGAACCAUAUGAGUUUUCGAAGUUGAUGUAA